GAAGAACUUCCUGAUUACAUUAUAGUGAUGGUGGCCAACAAGAAAAGUCAGGACCAAGUGACAGAGGAGCUGUCCCUGUUUCUAGAAAACACAAUUCGCUUCACCGUAUGGCUUCAUGGUGUAUUAGAUAAACUUCACUCUGUUACAACUGAACCCUCUAGUCUAAAGUCUUCUGAUACCAAUAUCUUUGAUAAUAGUGUGCCUUCAACCAAGAGCAGUUUCAGUCGGGAAGAUGAGAGAAGGCGUGAAGCUACAGUGCCUCCCUUUGCUGUUUCGAGCACUAGACCUGAGAAAAGAGAUUCCAGGGUUGCUACAAGUUCACAAGAGCAGAAAACAAGUAACAUGAGACAGACUUAUGAUGAUGGAGCGGCAACCCAACUGAUGUCAACAGUGAAACCUCUGAGGGAGCCAGCGCCUUCUGAAGAUGUGAUUGAUAUUAAGAGAGAGCGCAAAUCUUUAAUGCAGGGACUCAGAACUAUCCAAAAGGCUGAAGCAGGGCUCUAUGCUAGGAAAAGCAGCGUGGAAAUCCGCAGUGAGGCCUCCAGGACUGCUAGACCACAGCCCAUGCCGUACAUCAGUCUCCACAGUCUCGGCUGGGCUGACCCAGCCGCAGUUGCUCACAAAUAA